CGGCGACGACUUCGAACCUCGGCCGAAAGCUCCGGCGCGAUCAGUCCGUCUAACGUGGUCGUACAGUUCGGUCGGCGUCCGUCACGAGUCACGACACAGGUACACUCACGACACUCGUAGGCAUUUGUUUCGAUAUUGAAUAUACGCGAUUUACGAUUAUAUCGAUACAUCAUCGUCGUCGUAGGUCAUCGUCGUCGUCAGUCAUCGUCGUCGUCGUCGUCAUCUCCGUCGCGGUCGUGUCUUGAAUAUAAAUUAAAUAAACUGUUUAUACUGUGCGCGGUUUCGUCUAAACAGGGAAACACUCGGCCGGCGUGAAACUACUGCUGCAAAAGUCGUCAUAUUAUUUUCGGCGCGCGGAUGACGUGUCGUCGUCAAACCCACCGUCGGAAGUCCGGACACUGCUUCGCGAGAUAGGUGCCUACCCAUCUAAUACCCGCGGACGAUGCUGCACAAGAACGUCGUUCAAUAUUAACGAUAUUAUAGGUAAAAGUCCUGCUGAACUUGCUGUGGCGGCGGCCCGGAGCCGCGAUGGCCGCGUUGCGACGGCGGUGACUCGCUGGUACUGCGGCGGGGCGUCGGGCGAAAUGUACGCGGUGAGCCGAGCGCCGGAGAACGUGUCCCGGACGAGCGUCGCGUUCGGCGUCGCGUCCCUGGCCAUACUGCUGACGGGUUUCGUGACCGGUUCGUGGGUGACCACCAGGGAACCGUACAGGGUGCCGGGCACGGACGGCGCCUACACGGCCGCCGCGUUUCGGAUCGGCUUGUGGAAGAUUUGUCCGACCCUGAGGAAGACCAACUCCACGAUGAAUUUUCGAUCGUUGUCAUGCAAAUAUAUAAGGUAUACUAGUGACUGGGAUUUGGACUUGGCCAAAGAAGACAUUGGUGUUGAUUCGGAUGUUUACUUCACACAAUCGUUUGUGGCCAAGAUGAGGUGGUGCACUCCAUUGGUCAGUAUCAGCCUGUGCCUUAUGUUGGCGGGAUGUGUUUUUUCGUUCAGUGGUCACUUCUACAAGGACCAGAAGACACUGAUCGCAUCGUCUUUGCACACGUUAGCCGGUAAGUAAAAAUAAACUUAACUAUAUUUUACAGUGAUUACUAUAUUGCACAUAGUACUUUCUGUGUGUAUUGUCUGUUACAUUAUCCCUCGAAAUAAUAAUAUAGUGCUGUGUGUAGUGCAUUACGUUCAGUGAAAUUUUACGAUACGCACAGAAUAUAGAUUAUAAUAUUGUUGUUUUUAAUUACAUAAAACUUGAUAAUAGUGACGAUUUAAGUGGUCAGAGAAAAAUAGCUUAUAUUGGUAUACUACCUAUAAUUAUAUUAUAAAAAAAAGGUCCCUAAAUAUUUAAAAACACAAAUAUUAUGAUAACGUGGUAAGCAAUACAAAUAUAUUAUACUGUUAUUAUCAUGGUAGUGUCGAUUUAUUUUCAAAUAAAUAUAUUCUCAUCGUAUUCAAUCUUGAGAACAUCGAAUUUCCUCAAGUCUAUACGUGUUUUAAAUAUAAAAAUCUAAUAUUAUGAUAAUGCGAAGUUGAAAUAAAAUCAUAUUGUUGUUCCAUACAAAACGUCUAGAAAUGUAAAUAACAUAUUAUUAUGUAUCAAACUUGUUACGUAUUAUAGUUGUGUACAGAUUUAUGAAAUAUAAUGAACGACAUUCGACUCUGGUGUUGUUUUUGCCGGUCUUUUUGACGUAUUAAAAAAAUGUCAACUUUAAGUACAUAUAAAAAAGUGAAUUUUGUUUUGUUUUUUUAACUAUAACUGUUUAAAUUGAAAUACGAUAUUAUAUUUGAUACUUAAGUAUUUCACAUAGAAUUCACCUGAUGCCAGAGAAAACUGCAUAAUGUUGGCUGUUUUGUCAUUUUACCCAAUAUAAGUUUAAAUUAUUUAAACUGUCCGUCUAUUAUUUUUAAGAAGUUCGUCAGACUUUUCAAUAAUUUGAGACAUGCUUAAGUUAUUUUAUUUCGAUAAUCGUGUAUAAGCUGUUCUAAUUCAAAUUCAAGUCAUAAAUCAUUUCUAAAAGAUAAUUUAGAUUAAUUGUAAAUAUAGAAUUAUCUACAGUCGAUUUAAAUUUCAAAGAAUAGUUUUUUAACUCACAUUUACACACACCUAUUGGCUGUUAUAGGUUCGUAAAAAAUAAAAAUGCGUUUCAUUGUGAUAACCCGGGUUGUAAAUUUGAACAUUCGAAUAAUUUAAUAAAAUCAUAAUAUUUUACUAAGUGGAAAGUGCCGUAAUUUUCUCAGUCACUAAACAUCAGUUACAGGCUGCACUAUACUAGUGAUUUAUUUAAUUUUCUAUGAAAUAGUAGACAUUUAUUUACUUUAAAAUAUACGUUUUUGACAUUUUUCGCGUGAUAAAAAAAAAAUAGCAAAAUAGUAAUAAACCCUUUAAAAAAUCUAAAAAACUUAAUUUUGUAGAUAAACACAAAUUGAAACGAAAACAAAUAAAGUACAACCUUGCGCAUGUCAUACUUACAUGGCGGGCAAUAUUCAACUGUACGAGGGAAUACAAACAUUUAUAGAUACCAUGAACUUUUAUAAAUAGUUCUGGGUUAAUUUCAUAAUAAUAUCCUAUGUCUUAUGUAAAAGAUACUAUAAAUUAAGUUGUGGUUAGCCCGUCUAAAUGUUUUCUGUACAAAUUAUGCGUGAUAAAACAACGAAACAACACAUAUAUAAAAAUAAUACACCAAGUUGUAGUUUACUAAAACAAUUACCGCCAAUACUUUGUUAGU